AAGUCAGCGCAGCGUCAAUAUUCAAACUCCAUCCUUUCCUAUAAUCAAUACAUCCACUUAUUGGAUUAAAUCGACACCACGCGCAUUUUUUCCUUCAUCUUCUCCUGAGUUGGCUGAGGCAGGAGGGCAGAUAUAACUGAUAGAAAGUUUUUAGGGAGCGAACUCAUCUACAAGAGGAGAGAAGACAUCAUUAUCGGUGUAUUUAAGCUCCUAAAUUCACCGGUGGAUGAACUUGUGAACUGAACGGAAUAAAACAUUGGAGAAAAUGAGGAGGUUUUGCGGAGCACUUCAACACCAGCUCCUCCUGAUAUUGGCUGCUGCCAUGGCGACAGCCCUUGAUUCUUCACACAACCUGGCCAGUGAGAGGAGUUCGAUAGAAAGCACAUAUGAGCUGACCAAAUACCUGGAGUAUCAGCUCAAGGAAAUCAAAGUCAUAUAUCUGACCUACCUUGGCCCCCCAUUCAACGAGAAAGACUUCUCCCCUCCUCGACCCAACAGUACCGCUCUGUCCCUGCCCAGCGCUGCCACCCGCCUGGAGCUGUGGCACGGCCUGGAAAACCAAGCUCGGCUCGCCCAGAACCAGAAGGCCUACUCUGUCCUGCUGGCAGCUGUUAGGGAGUUGGCCCGCUCCACCCUCUGCCCCUCCCUCAAAACCUCACUACUGCACUUUUGCACAGGCCUGGAUGGCCUGCUGGGCUCCAUAUCGGCACUGAUGACCACCCUCGGUUACGCACUUCCACCUUCAUCUGCAAACAUGGGAAGUAACAGCGGAGAGCUGCAGUACCCUCUAAGGGGGGCAGGAGGUGACCGGCCUGCUCCACUCAUGAGCCAGAGCCUUUACAGGUCCAGAGCUGGGACGAGGACACAGUCUGGUCAGCGCAACAACCAAAGAAGAAGUGGGACGAGGGUGGUCAGAGGAGAGAGGGAGGACAGUGUCGGAGGGCGGAGAGGGAAAGAGGGGAGGAGGGCAGACGCGGCCGCAGCUGGAGGAAGGAGUGGGGGAUCAAGGGAGAAGGGAAGAGGAGAAAGAGGGAGGAGAGGGAGGAGGGAAGAGCCAGAGAGCUGGAAGUGGGCUGCUGGAGAAGAAGAGAGAGCAGGAGAAUGGGAAGAGGAGGCACAGGAGGAACAGGGAGGGGAGGAGAGAUGGGAGAGGAGACGGUUGUUGAGUAUCAGUGAGGAUGAAGAGAAGGAGAGGCAGUUUGAACCCAGGGUAGAAGUGUCGUACCCAGGCACAGACGACUCCCUCCAACAACCGACCAUCCAAACCAUCAGCAAUCAGUACAGCUACAACCUGAACUCACAUCACAUCGACACACUCAGAAAAGAAGAUGGAUUCAUUGUAGAGAGAAGAGGGGUAAUAGUGGCGGAGGAGAGGCAAACAAACAUGGAAGCUUCCUCCUCUUCCUCCACUUUCCAUCAUCAGCGUCGGCCUCCUCGCUCCCUCCUCUCCCCCACCCUCCAACCUCCUCUGUCCACCCUCUCCCUGCUCUACCAGUUUGGAGCAGGUGAGGAGCACACCCUCCUCUCCCAGCCUGUCCCUCUGUCUUUACAAAGGGGCACCUCCCUCCUUUCACCUCCUCUGACUCCGCUCCUUUCUUCCACCUCCUCCACCUCCUCUUCGCUGUUGUCGGUGCGGCCGACGAUGAACGACUUUGCCAGGAAAGUGGAGGGGUUUUGGAUAUUGAGAGAGCUGCAGAGUUGGCUGUGGCGGUCGGCGAAGGACUUUAACCGCCUCAAGAAGAGACUCAGAGGCUGAGACGUCGAGACACUCGAGUGCAGUUUAUCGGAAAUCUAUUAUUUGCACAAAAUCUGAGUGGAAACAAACUGAGAGGUUUAAACAGACAGAAGCACAUUAACACAUUCAUGCUUAACACAUUCAUUCAUACCGUACUGGAAUAAGUGAAUGAAGCACUAUUUGGCAGGUCACCAGAAGCGCUAAUGGAAUAUAACACACACAAAGCCAACACAUUACCAGCACUGUCACCCGCCUGAUGCACAUAGCAGCUCAUUGAGCGAGACACUGAGACUGGGCUGAGUUACCGGACUUCACGGCUCAUAGAUCAACAGAAAUACCACUGUAGGUGGUUAGACACACAUACACACACACACACACACCGCACACGGGGUUAGACCGAGUGACAGGCGGAGAGACAAACAGUGCAGCCAUUGAGUGCAAACUGAUUCAGUGACCCCCAGAUGUGUGAAUCAGCAAACAUUCAUUUUCUCUAAAUGAAGAAAUUUUCUGAAUGGGCAGAAAAGACAAAAGGAGAGGAGGAAAUGGCCAGAGGGAUGAAGAGGAGGAGAGGAAGAGGCAAGAAAGGGAUAGGAAGACGGGAGGAGGGGUGAGUCAGGGGAUGAGCGUUGGAAAUAACGGGCAGAGGGGUACUGCUUAGUAAUCAGAAGUCAACUGGUCAGUUACAGUAACUCUACAACAGCGCUACACAUACUGUCUAGACACACAUACACACACACCGUUGUGUUUCCAUCAAUCAGAAGACAUUACAUCGACUUGCAUUCAUUUCCUGAAGACUUACCCUAACCAAAACCAGUGACCCAAAAUUAGGGACACAGCUUUUAUUCCCGACUGGACAAGCUGUCCCCAAUAAACUGGUCUUGAGUCCCAGAGGGUAACUUAAGUCAUACACACACACACACACACACGCACGCACUCACACCUUGGUGCCUUAACAAAUCUUUCACUUCUUUGCUGCUUUUCAUUCAGUGCUCACUCAUUUAUACCAUGUUUUUAAUUACUUCACUCCGUAGCAACAAAUAUUUUACACAGUUUUAAAAUGUUUUAGAAUAGCAUCAAUUAUCCUAAAGAAACAGUUUUGUCUUCUUUGUGUAAAGAAAUAGUUUGACAUCUUGUGAAAUACACUUAUUUGCUUUCUUGCUGAGAGUAAGAUGAGACCGCCAAAACCUCUCUCACAUUUGUGCACUUGCAGCCACAAUACAUGGGACACCGACAUGGUGUGACAUGUCUGCCGCAGCAUGCCCGCAGCGGAGUGGGUCCAUUAUAAUCAACUGAGGCUGCUCCACUGUCCACGGAAGCUGCGCUUGCUCAUGUGGGCAUUGCAUGUCUCUUCUCUAUCUGUCCACGCUGGUCAAUUAUUGAAAUGAAUACCUCAUUUUACCAGAGGCAAUGUGAAGCAUGUGCUUCCACAUUUCACAUCAAAAUAAAUAUCUCCUGUAGUUAAAAUGAUCCGUUUAAAUAAUUCAGCACCAGUUAAUAUAGUCCACACUUCUAAAAACCCAAUACACACACAGUGAAGCUGGUAGCAACCACAUGCUGCAGAGACUAGUGGUGCUUCUCAUAGUCAAGGAAGGAUCCUUAAACCGCUGAAUUUCAAGGAGGCUGCGUCAUCAAACUCUGGCGAAGGAUCCUUCAAAUUCUAUCGAGGACUUAGUCCUUCCUUUAGCGAAUUUUCAAUGAUGAAUGUGUGUAUCCUCAGUGGGCAUGAUGUACUUAUAAUUCUAUAAUAAUAGUAAUAAUACAUGAUUUGCCAGAAUUGAAGGCGAGGCUUUUGUAAUGAUGCACACCUGGGCACUUGCCAGCCUGUUCCAACCAUGGGUCACGGAAUGCUAAGAGGGAGUCUUGCCUAGUUGCUGUUGGUCCCAACGUGGAAGGACCCACCCUACCAAGGAAGCAUCCUUGACUUUGAGAAAUACCAGUGUCUGUGUAGCAGGUAAAAAUCCGUGCCCCACCCCACCUUACUUGACACAUCAUGUCCUGUCAUCAUGUACUGUAUGAAGAUAGAGCCAGCAGACCAUUAGCUCAACUUACCGUAAAGACUGGAAACGGGGACCAGCCUGACUCUGUCCAAAGGCGACAAAAUCCAAACAGCAGCACUUACUAAUUAACCAGAAAUAUCUUGUUUGUUUAAUCCAGACAAAAACCGAGGUGUAAAAAUGUCAAGUUGCUAUUGUGGAAAAUGGUUGUCACAGUGAGGUUGCUAGGCAACCAGGGGAGACUCCAGGAACUCACUGUCCUUAGCUAAAAAAUAUGCUACCUUCAAAUGGAACUUGUGAGCUCGUGGUUACCACAUGGGAUGCAUGUACAUGUGCUUGGCGUUCAAGGUUAAGUUGUAAGAGCACAAGGAGAGCUAGGAAACAUGGACACAUGUAUAGGCUACUGUCGGCAUCUAAAAGCCACUGAGGCUAACAGUUUAGCAAGCUAGGGAGCAGGUUGCAUAAUGCAGGAAAUGCAAAGGCAAAAUGACAGAGGAAAAAGAUGAGGCCUGCAGGUAUGUCAACACUUUCCUCAGACAUAUUAUAAAAUCAUUAAGAACAACUCUAUAUGACUAAAACUACAAUAUAUUAAUUUAUCAGCCAACAAAAAACGAACAUCCAUGGCCUCCACCAAUUCUGAGAACGCCAGCAAACAUGUCACAGCUCGUAAACUUAGAGCUAUCAGAAAAUUUCCACUUCCAAGGUCAUGAAUACCACAAGAUGAGGUGUUCAUAUGGACUCUUCUUGUGAACAAUACAGCCCCAUUUGAUGGCAGCAGUAGUCCGGCACAUAAAACCAUAUAACUUUUAAUGUGUGUAAAUUUUACACUUCAAGUGGACAGAUGGAUGUGAGCUUCAUUUUUGUUUGCAUAUGGAUUAUUUAACAAUCACACUGAACAGAUGGAUCUUCUCAUCUAACUCUCAGAAAUAAUGCAAAAAUGGCAAACUAUUCCUUUAAGUGACUUCACACUCCUAAACACAAAACGUAAGAUACAUUAAUGUGAAUUUUUUUUGUGCCUUUUCAAAGAUGAAAUCAGAUACUUUUUCUUUGGCAACUUACAGAAGGCCUCAUUUCUUUUCCAGAGUAAAUCUGAUGUUAUGUCUUUACAAUGUGCCUUAGAUGACAUGGCUAAAGGUUAUGGAUCAUAUCUGUAUAAUAUUUAUUGAACAAGAUGUUUAUUUAUUUUUCUCCAGUGUGAAUAUACUGUAUCGUAACUCAAGAGAGAAUAAACACUAGC